AUGGCAAACUCCUCUCCGCUGAGGAGGAGUCAAUUGCUAUCGAGUCCAGACCGACCGUAUCUGUCCAACUUUCUCCUAGAUAGCAGAAACAACGAAUUGAGCCAUCGCGAUGCGCUCGCAGCGGCUCAAGCCGAGCACGAUCGGGUCAGGGAAGCCGCUAUCAGAGUAUACGAAUUGCACGAACUUAAAGAAGAGCACAACCGUAUACUGGAACAAGGACGCAGGGAGCAAGAGAGACUAAAGGCCGAGGCUGCGAUCGCCGCAGAAGAGAAGAGACUGCAAGAACUCAAAGCGAAAUCAAUCCCCAAGCCGCCGCCCCCGCCGCCUGAGCCAGCCAAGCCGGUCGAGAAGCCGGCUGGUGAGAAGAAGCCAGUAUCCGUUGUAUCCGAACCCCGAGAGGUGAAGGGAUCCGAGCCGCUGGCACAAACGCAAGCGAAAACCCAGCCUUCAGCACCAGCGCCGCAGCAAAAUGGCUUGUUCUCCAACUUGGGCAAACCCGUACCAAGCAGUCCUUUCGCGGCUGCUGGCCAGCAAACCAAAUCUCAACAGCCAUCUGUUUUGGACCAGAACAGAACAUCGCCGCCGGAAGCGAAAACGUCUCAAUCACAACAGCCCGUUGCACCGAGUCAGACACCGCAGUUGCCAAAGUCGUCUGUUGAUCCCCUCUCGGAUCAAUAUAUUCGAAUUCACCAGGCCCUGAAACAACUGCGGAAGGACAUUGUGGCAGCGUCAAAGGUGGCAGGAUCACCACUCAAAGGAAAAGUUGGCACUAUCCGCCGAGAGAUUCGCGUGUCUAUUGGACAGCUGACUGGCGGAAAGGGGGCCAACGUAUCAUCGACAACUAAAAUCAUGUCUCUCUUGAGACAAUCAUUAGACGGUCAACUACCCAGCCCCCCAGUCGUUGUUGGUCAAUUUGUAGCUAUUCCGCGGGAGCCCUCAACGCAGGACAUCCCAAACAACGGCGCAGAACUUCCCUCACUAUUCAUUUACCUUAUGAAUAUCUGCGCCAAGGGCAUUAUUAGCCAGUUUAUCAACGAAGGCGGAGCAAAUCCCAAAGCCGCUGAUCCCAUCGGCGUAUUCACCGCCCAAGUUUUCUCUCACAAGGACUUUUCAUGGCGAGGCCAGUCCUUGAUUGAUAUCCUCGUGGCUAAAUUCAGAGUCGUGUGCCCCGUUCUAUUUGGAUCAAGAGGCAACGAGAAAACAGAAAAGGGUAGACAGGCACUGGGAUGGAAGAAAGAUGGCCCUUCAUGGAUCCCAGAGCAAGCCCAUAACAAUAGGAUGGCCGGUCUCGGUGCCGGCUUUGCAUCUAUUUCUCUUCGCGACUUUAGCAAGGCUUCCAAGACGAACCCCUACCCCCCGACCCACUACUGGAAGGCGUUUGCCAGUAUUGUCAACUGCCCGACCGCCCAAAUCUCCAAUACGCAACUCGUCGUUCUGCGGUCCAUGAUUGACGGCCAUGAAUCCCGAUUCAUAAACUUUUAUGGAAACGCCGCCAUAGCUGCAUUGCAGUUAGCGUUGGUAGAGUUUCCCAAGCGAGCGCCUGCAAAUUCGCCUGCGGCGGGUUCCUUGCGUGCGUUGGCGGACAUCCUCCGCUCAGAUAGUGGAUUGGCGUUGGCAUAG